AUGCAGUAUGACUCAUCUUUGAAUGCUAAUGAACCUUCUUCCAAAAUCAGCAAUGGUGAGCCUGAGAGGCCAUUGAUAGUCCAUGUUGGGCGAUUGGGAGCUGAGAAGAAUUUGGAAUUCUUUAGGAGGAUCAUGGAUAGGCUCCCAGAAGCACGAAUAGCUUUCAUUGGAGAUGGGCCAUACAGGGAAGAGCUGGAAAAUAUGUUCUCCGGCAUGCCUGCAGUAUUCACAGGGAUGUUACAUGGUGAGGAGCUUUCUCAGGCAUACGCCAGUGGAGAUGUUUUUGUUAUGCCUUCAGAGUCAGAGACACUUGGCCUUGUUGUUUUGGAGGCCAUGUCAUCGGGGCUUCCCGUGGUGGGUGUUCGUGCCGGAGGAAUUCCAGACAUCAUUCCUGAAGAUCAAGAGGGUAAAACUGGUUAUCUUUUUAAUCCCGGUGAUGCUGAUGACUGCUUAAGCAAAUUGGUGCCUCUUUUGCGUGACCAUGAACUAAGAGAAACUAUCGGCAAGGCUGCACGCGAAGAAACGGAAAAGUAUGAUUGGAGGGCUGCCACUCGAAAGAUCCGAAAUGAACAGUAUAACGCUGCCAUUUGGUUCUGGAGGAAGAAGAGAGCAGAGUUCCUGAGACCAUUUCAGUGGUUCUUUAGGCGUAUUUUUCAGGCACCACCAGCAAUUGACUACAGGUGA